AUUUCUCUUUUACUUUUCCCACCCCCUUUCAUCCACAAUCCAAUUGUACCGAUCUGACAUCUUUCUUUUCUGCUUCUACCACGUUUUACACAAGUUGUGGUUCGGACAAAAUGUACAACACCGUGUCGAAAAAACGCCGGUUCGUGGCCAAUGGCAUGUUCCAUGCUGAACUCAACGAGUUCCUGACUCGUGAGCUGGCCGAAGAUGGAUACUCCGGUGUGGAGGUCCGUGUAACGCCGACCCGCACAGAAAUCAUCAUCAUGGCCACCCGCACCCAGAACGUUCUGGGUGAGAAGGGUCGCCGAAUCCGUGAGCUGACUGCUGUUGUCCGCAAGCGCUUUGGUUUCGCUCCCGGCACCGUUGAGCUGUACGCGGAGAAGGUGGCCACCCGCGGUUUGUGCGCUAUCGCUCAAGCCGAAUCGCUGCGCUACAAGCUGAUCGGUGGACUUGCCGUCCGUCGUGCGUGCUACGGUGUGCUGCGCUUCAUCAUGGAGUCUGGAGCCAAGGGCUGCGAAGUGGUGGUAUCGGGUAAGCUGCGCGGUCAGCGUGCCAAGUCGAUGAAGUUCGUCGACGGUCUGAUGAUCCAUUCCGGUGAUCCGUGCAAUGAUUACGUCGACACCGCCACUCGUCACGUGCUGCUGCGACAGGGUGUGCUCGGUAUCAAGGUGAAGAUCAUGCUGCCGUGGGAUCCGAACGGCAAGAUUGGCCCGAAGAAGCCCCUGCCCGACAACGUGUCCGUGGUGGAGCCGAAGGACGAAAUCAUGUACACAUCGCCACGCAGCGAACCCAAGUUCAAGGUUCCGGAGCCGCUGGUGGAAGCGAAGGAGCAGCAUGUCGUCGAAGCGUGA